GGAUUGCCAAUCCGUGUAUCAUUCGUUCAUUUGUUUUUCCGAUUUCAAAACCAAAACCAGAAAUCGGAUAACGGUUCGUUUUCUCGUUUUUCCGAUUUCAAUACCAAAACCAGAAAUCGGAUAACGGUUCGUUUUCUCGUUUUUCCGAUUUCAAAACCAAAACCAGAAAUCGGAUUACGGUUCGUUUUCUCGUUUUUCGUUUUCUCGUUUUCUCGUUUUUUCGAUUAUGCACCCCCAAACGGAAAUGUUAGUUGUCAGGGAAACCGAUCGCGAGCCAACAACUGACUCAUGCCACAACUGAUCUGUAAGGAAACAUGGCUAAUUUGGAGUCUCACUACGAGAUGAUAAAUCAACUCUUUCUGUCGGGGAAAACUCACGCCGAAAUGUCUGAGACAUUGAAGAGUAUGGGAAUUAAGGGGUCCUCGGAGAUGUCGGUGAGGAGAUUCUGUGGCGACGUUGGGCUGAGACGGAAGGGGCACAUCACAGACCAAGAGCUGGAAGAAGCUGUCCUGACAUCUAUUCAAAAGACCGGUCCAACGUACGGACGGAAAUUUAUGACAGGGUACCUGUCAUCUGUGGGGGUGAAAGUGGGUGAACCGCGAGUGGGAAGGAUCCUACGAAACGUCCAUCAGCCCUACAAUGAGCUACGUCGUGAGGGAGCAAGAAACCUGAACCCAGUCCCUUAUCACGCAGACUACACGGGCCAUAAAUUACACAUGGACCAAAACGAAAAGUUGGGUAUGUUCGGAGUGACCCAUGUGUUGGCUGUAGAUGGGUACAGCAGUAAAAUUAUGGCUCAAUUCACGAUGCCCGUGAAGAACAAUCUGAUCAUCUAUGAGGAAGUUUACAGGAAAGCAGUUGUCAACAACGGAAUGUGGGACCAGAUUAGAGUUGAUCACGGCAAGGAGUUUUAUUUGACGUUAUACAUGCAGGAGAAGUUGGCUGAACAUCGACACAACACCAAUAGACUCCCUUACCUGCAGACAACCUCUUCAAAGAAUCUUCGAGUGGAAAGAAUUUGGCCAGAGGUCAACAACCGGGUCAACUAUCCCAUCAAACAGGCCCUCAUCCACCUACAGGACCAGGAACUAGUGGACAUGCAGGACAACACAACUAAAUUCUGUGUGUCAAACUUGGCCUGUCAAGUCAGUGCAAUAGGACUUGCUCGAGUUGUGCAGUCCUGGAAUGCACAUAGGAUACCAGGCAGAGGGAUACCAAACCAACUUGCGGCUGCUAGGUGUCCAGCCAGCUGUCCUGUAGAGCUGCUGCCCAAUGCUGCUGAGGCAGCACAUAUGUACGAGGAGGAGAUGGGAUCAUCUCUGACUUGGGUUUCAGCCUUUGGCUCUGACCCGUUUUCAUCCGAUGAACAGAGAGGUCUAGCAGAGCAAGCGUUUGGGGAGAGGUACCCGGACAUGUCUCAUCUCUUCGAUACGGUCGUUAACCAGGACUACACCAUGUUUCAGGAGGCACUGCUCCAUCUAAUUAAUGUCUCUGACAUGCAUGCAACAUUGUAAAUAAAUAAAUACAUAUGAAUCGUGUUAAAAUCAA